AUGACAGCACCUAAGAUCCCAAACAUCCAAAAGGCUGUGGUCUACGACAAGCCCGGAACAAUCUCGACUAAAGUGGUGGAAAUCCCCGUUCCUGAACCGGGCAAUGGAGAGGUGCUUAUCAACCUGUAUGAAACUCAUUCUGGCGUAUGCCAUUCUGACUACGGAAUCAUGGCCAACACUUGGUCCAUGCUUCCGUCCCCGACACAGCCAGGCCAGAUAGGGGGACACGAGGGUGUGGGGAAAAUCGUGAAACUGGGGCCUGGUGCUGAAUUCUCCGGUUUGCAAAUUGGGAAUCGGGUGGGAGUCAAAUGGAUUUCGAGUGCUUGUGGACACUGCCAGCCUUGUCAAAGUGGUUCAGACGGACAGUGUUUUAACCACAAGAUCUCCGGAUAUUACACACCCGGUACGUUUCAGCAAUACGUGCUAGGGCCGGCGGGCUACGUGACACCAAUUCCGGAUGGACUUGAAGCAGCACAAGCCGCGCCUAUGCUCUGUGCUGGAGUGACGGUGUAUUCGGCCCUUAGACGCAGCAAGGCGCUUCCAGGCCAGUGGGUGGUCAUUUCAGGUGCAGGUGGCGGGCUGGGCCACAUCGCCGUACAGCUUGCAAGCAAAGGCAUGGGCAUGCGUGUGAUUGGAAUUGACCAUGGUAACAAAGCAGUGCUUGUUGAAGAAUCCGGUGCUGAACACUUUGUCGACAUUGCCAAGUUUCCAGCUGAUGACGAGGGCAAAGCUCUAACAAAACAUAUAAUGUCCCUGACAGAGGGACUAGGUGCCCAUGCCGCUGUGGUAUGCACAGCGGCAAACGCUGCCUAUGCGCAGGCCCUGCCAUUACUGCGUUUUAAUGGAACACUCGUCUGUGUUGGUAUACCAGAGCACGCCCCCAAGCCAAUUGCCUCAGCAUAUCCUUUCAGUAUGGUCAACAAGCAUUUGACUAUCACCGGCUCUGCAGUCGGAAACCGCCUUGAUACUAUUGAAGCCCUCAAAUUUGCUGCCCGCGGUGUCGUCUCUGCUCAUAUUCGCAUGGAGAAGAUGGAUGCCUUGACUAGACCUCGGAAUUACCCUCGCGAGGGUCCGAACCUUGGACCCUCGACCCUCACCUCGCGAGGGUCGGCCCAAAACUUUUGA